CUCCAAACCAACCACCUCAGCCACUCACAAAAAUGUCGGGACGCAGACCGGCCGACGGCCAGCCAGCAGGCCAGCCGCCCGCCAAGAAGCCCGCGUUCGACAUCAACUCGAUCCGCGCGCAGCUGGCAGCCAAGAAGGCCGAGGUUGAAGCCCGUCUGGCUGGCGCUUCGAGCGGGUCGGCGAGCCCAGCACCGCCAGCAGCAGCGACACCAGCACCGCCAGUAAAACCGGCAGCGCCUGCCCCGCGCAAGGAUUCUUCGUCUGCGCCUGGACCAGCAGCGCUCCCGCCCCGUGCGACAGUCGACCCGGCCAUCGCGGCGCAGAUCGCGGCCGCAAAGGCCCGCAUCGACGCGCUGCAGAACAAGAAGGCGGAAAAGGCCAACCCGUACCUCUCUGGCGUGGCGUCCUCCUCGGCUCCAGCUCCAGCGCCCAAGCCGGCACCAGCAGCUGCCAGCUCGGUCUCGGUCGCGCUGCACCCGCUCCUGAUGGCCGAUACCAGCGGGAGCGGCGCCGGCGAGAAGAACGAGAAGAAGGCGAUGCGCGACCGGUACAAGACGAUGGCGCCCAAGUUCUCGACUGUGCGUGCGAACGCUUCGAUCGUCGAGGAGGCGCAAAAGGUCAUCGAGAAGACCAAGCCCGCGCUCGCGACGGCCGCUAUCAGCAAUCCGUACGCUGCUGGCGCGCAGGCAUCGGCACCAGGCGCGCCGCCAACCGAGGUGGAUGCAGGCGGACCGUCCGCGCGAGGCCGCAAGUCGCGCAAGAUGCAGUUCUCGGCGCCGGGACGAUAUGUGCGCCAGGGCGACCAGCUGCGUAACGAGAUCAAGUUGGAAGAGCUCAAGCAGCGCAUCGCGGCGCAGUCGGUCAAGGCGGGCCUGGACUCUGAGUUUGAUGUCGUCCAGCGCAGCUUGAAGCGCGCGCAGCCGCCCGCUGUCGAGUGGUGGGACGAGGCCAUCCUGCCCAAAGGCGCGACGUACGACGAUAUCGACAAGGCCGACGACUAUUUCCGGACUUCGGAGGACUCGCUCAUCACUCAUCUGGUCCAGCACCCGAUCGCAAUUGCUGCGCCAAGUGACCGCAAGCAGCCUGAGCGUGGGCUCAUGCUUACGAAGAAGGAGCAGAAGAAGAUGCGUCGACAGCGGCGUUUGGCAGAGCUGCAAGACAAGCGCGAUAGGCAAAAGAUGGGCCUUAUCCCGCCAGACCCACCAAAGGUCCGCCUAGCAAACCUCAUGAAGGUGCUCACAUCCGACGCGGUGCAAGACCCGACCAAGGUCGAAGCCAAGGUCCGCCGCGAGGUCGCGAUGCGACAGUUCCGACACGAGAAGGACAACGAGGGCCGCAAGCUCACAAAAGAGCAACGACACGAGAAGGAGUACGAGAAGCUCGCGCAGAAGGAGCGCAACGACGGGCUCUACGCGUCGGUCUACAUUGUCAAGUACCUCACCAACGGACGGCACAAGUUCAAGGUGCGCGAGACGGCCAAGAACGACCUGCUGUCAGGCAUCUGCGUCUUCCAUCCCAACUUUGCGCUCGUUAUCGUCGAAGGCGUGCAGAACAAGAUCAGGCACUACCGCCAGCUCAUGCUGCACCGAAUCGACUGGACCGAGGAGGCUCGGCCACACGGCGAGGCCGACGAUGACUCGGACGACAGCGACGACGAGGAGAAGAAGAAGAAGAAGGCCGAGGGCGAGGAGGAGGGCCCGGACAUGAGCGAGAACAAGUGCGAGCUCAUCUGGGAGGGCGAAAUCCCCGAGCGUACCUUCAAGAUCUUCCGAGCCAGACACGCCGAGACAGACGGCGCGGGCAAGGACUGGCUCACGCAGAAGUAUGAGGGCAUGUGGGACUUGGCCAAGCGGUGGACGUGGCAGGGCGAAGAUUUGUAGGCGGGUGGUACCAGGGACCGCCGGGCUGCUGCCUGAGGCGAUGGGCAGCUUGUAGACAGAGCGCAACCACAACAGCAGACCAUAUCAUUCUGUAGAUUGCAUGUGAGGCAAGAUGACCUCGGAA